AUGCUGGAAGUAAUUGCUUCUCAUGACCUAUGGAUUUGGCAUGCAUAUUUUGGAGUGGUAGGUUCAAACAAUGACAUCAAUGUGAUUAAUCAGUCGCCACUUUUUAACGAAUUUUUAGAGGGGAAUGCGCUACCAUGCAACUUUACAUUGAUUAGAACACAAUACCCACAAGGAUAUUAUCUUACAGACGGAAUCUAUCCAGAAUGGUCAACACUUGUCAAGACUUUUUUAUACUCACAUACCGAUAAAUUGAAGUUUUUCGCCAAAUGUCAAGAGUCAUCAAGGAAGGAUGUCGAGAGAGCCUUUGGUGUUCUUCAAGCUAGGUGGGCAAUUAUUCGUGGUCCAUCAAGAUCUUGGAGCUUAGACAAUAUUAGUGACAUAAUGUGUGCAUGCAUUAUAUUGCAUAAUAUGAUUGUGGAGGAUGAAGGCCAUGCUAUAUCUAAUUGGGCACAUGAUGAUCAUGAAGAUGAUCCACCAAGUUACAAUCAAGGAGCCGUGCUCGCAUUUCAAGCACGACUCGAAAGGUUCAAAAAUUUACGUAGCGAGGAGGCACAUCCUGCAAUACGUGGUGAUUUGGUGGAGCACCUUUGGGCAAAUCGGGCAACCCGAGAGUAG